GACACUGGCAGAUUAACGCUCCGCGAUGGGGAAGGGCUUAAAGGCUGAGUCAAAAGCCAAGAAGUCUCUUUAUUUACGCCUACUACCUCCCAGCCUCUGGCAAUCUGACUAAUAACAAACUGAGCUAACAAGAAAGACUCUCCGAAGGGAGAGAGAGAGGGGAGCGAAACACACAGAGAGAGCGUGCAUCGCAGCAGUUUGGAUCCUUAAAGCAUCUAAAGAUACAUAUUGCGUUUCUUGCAAAGCCAGGAGUGAUCGCUUGAAGUCCUGCGGAGCGCUGGGUUUAUUUACUGCAUCCCGAAGCUCGCAAAUGGUUAACUACGUGCAGAAAGUCAGCCUAGCUGGGAAGUCUGCUGUGAAUUUUAAUUGAGCAAAAGGGACAACUGUUUACAGGAUGGUGUAGUGGGUUCUCUUUCUCCCUGGCGUCGUUCUCCCCCUCUCCACCUCCUGCAAGAUUUUUUUUUUUUUUUAAAAUUUCCCCCUCUCUCUGUCUCUCUGCUCUCAGUCAAAUAUGAUCUGUCCUGCUUCGGAGCUAGGAUUUUAACUUCAAGGAACUGCAGCCACGCUUGAGAUCCCUGCAAAGCGAGACCUUAACCUAGGUUGGUGGGGGAUUGGAAAGGGCUCCUUUUUGGAGAUAACAAGGAAGGGGAUUGUAUACGAAGAGCGACUCUGUGCAUCGCCGGCUGUGUCAGUGGGUGUAGCUGCUGUACAGGUAAGGAGACUUUCAUUUAGGAAUUAACUUAACCAUAGCCAGCUUUUUUUGCAUUGUAAAAAUCACCUUGGCUACCUAUUCUGUUUCUCUCUCCCCCGCCCCACCACACACACACACACACACAGAGAGAGAGAGAGAGAGAGAGAGAGAGAGAGUUUGAGGUGCUUGUUUCCUGUUAGAGCAAAUAUUUGCUCAAAACUUAUAGAAUGGCACCUCAAGUGUUGCAUAGGUCCUGGGGAUAUUUUGUGCAUGGAAGGAUCUUAAAAGAAAUUGGCUGGCAGGGAAGGAGAGAUUUAAGGAGUGGCAUUUGCAGUGGCACACAGGAAAAGGACUUUACAUACACCAAACCCUUAGAUUCCUUCUGCGAUCCUAGAGUAAACUGUAGUUGCCUGCAGAAUUUGACAAAGGAGCACAUAGCCAUAUUCAAGUGAUCGUUUCUUAACCUGAGGCUUUGUAGUCCGUCAUAUCCACUUUCUACCAACUGUAUAAGCAUUAAUUGAAACAAGAAAUGUAUUUGAUUUCUGCUCUUUAAAAUAGAUGGAUUUAUUGCCUUCAAUCUGUAUGGAAACUUUGCCUUAGGGACACUCAUUAAUCAGUGCUCCUGAAAAUGCAAAAAUGUGCAAAAAAUCUACCAAGAGGCAGUUGAGGCGAGUGGUGUGUGUGUGUGUGUGUGUGUGUGUGUGGAGAAAACCUCUGGUGUUCCUUAGGUUUUCCCCAAACUCCCUCCUCCCUCCAUGCUCAAAAUGGAACCAUUUAUUUAAGGUAGUUUUUGAAAGCAUCUAUGGAAUUAGAGCACUGGGAAUGUAAUGCUUCAACUAAGCAAGUGAAUUAAUCGGUACAAGGGACAUUUCUCUGGAAUGGGCAAUAUGAAGUAAGUUAUACUCCUGUGCCACUUUGGAUAUUUUGAAGUUUCAUUAUAUUUAUAAUACAAGGUUAGCAGCCCCAAGGGGGCCAUCCAUGCAUGGAUAAAGCCAUGUUUGAUGGGGUAGAAGUUUUAAAAUGUAAAUAAUAUGUUAGCCAAAAAUAGGCUUUUGUUUACAGUUGUGUUACUAGCAAUGGCUUUUGAAGGCUGGGGAUGAGGUGGACAGUUGGAAGGACAAAAUCUAAGAUAGUGAGUUGAUGUCUUCCAGGACUAGACAGAAGCUCCAAGAAUCUAUCUGCAGAGGGAGAAAAAACUCUGUGUGUGUGUUUGUGUGUGUGUGUGUAUGAAAGAGAAUGAGACUUAUUGCAAUUUUACCCAGCCAAAGUAUGACAAUGAUUAAGAGGCGAAUGCCUUUCUAGCCGAUUGCAAAUACUUUUAAACAUUUGUGUUUCAGAAAAAAAAAACGUGGAAGGCUUUCAUCUUCAGAAAUGUAUGUAAAUCGUCCUUCGAUGCAACAUGCACUUUAAAUUAAUGCAUGUUGAUUUACUUCUCUUAAUUUUGCCCAACGACAUCGUAACAAGUACGUUCAGUGUGCUCUGCCUGCUUAGCAGAAGAACAGUUAAGAGAAAAUAAAAGUUGAAUUAAUGACCCAAUUGCUUUGCUGAAGACAAGUGUUUACAAGAAGCUUUAUUUGUGAAGUUAGGUUAUCAAAAACAAAGCCUUGGGUACUAAAAGUGGGGAAUACUUUCUGUUUUAAUGGCUGGUAAUAAACUAACUCCUUUGGUAAAACAGGAUCUGCAUGCUGGGUCUUGUUCAUCAGUCAGCAAGGUUGGUUGGGGUGAGGGUACUAAAGUUAAGGAGAAGCAGACAUUUAGACUCUAGAGUGGGGCAAGAAACUUCUUUUGUUUGAUCCAAAAUAUGUGCAUUUAUCCCUUUAUGGACAACACCCCCCCACAAACAAGGAAAAACCCACAUCAUUACUUGUAGGCCCAUUCAAAAUAUUGGCAUACUAGGAUAGUUGCCUUUAAGACUGAAGCUGCAAUGGUAUAUACGAUUAUUUUGGAAUAAGCCCCACUGAACUCAAUGGGACUUACAUCUGAGUAGGCUUAUAUAGGAUUUCACUGUGAGUUCCACUAGUUAUGGGGCCAAUCUGACGCACACCCAUGCUCUCUGGCUUAAUGCUUCUGAAAUGAAGCUUAUAGUCAUGUUUAACAACAACAUCAUCAACAACAACAACAACGAAUCAAAAUUGCUACCUGUAGUUGAACAGACUGAUCCUGUACGUGUUUACUUGGAAGUGAAUCCCUCCAAGCUAAAUAAUACCGCAGCCCUAAGAAAGACUCUAAUGUUGGUAGCCUAAUAUAAGAGGAUCAGAAAGGUCCAUCACCAGGGGACUCCUAUUUGAGUAGGUUUCAUUGAGUUCAAUGGGGCUUAAACCCAGGUAAUUAGGUUUGGGAUUUUGGUCCAACAUCCUCUUCCCCACAGAAGCCAACCAGAUGCCUUGAGGACUUGAAGGCAAUAUUCCUCUCCUAUUACAUCCUCAUGGCACUUUACAGCAAUAUGCUGUAAAACACAAUCGGGUUAAAAUCUGUUGCAAAAUCUCCUUUAUUGAAUGGCACUAAUUGCCCAAACGAGUGCAGGGAAGCAACACACGACUUCACAGUGGUUGAAGACAUGACCUCAAUCCUGGACAUGUGCAUGUCAACACACAAAUGCUUUGUAAAAGAAAAUGAAGAAAAAGUUCAACUUCCGCAUAAAGCACCUUUCUGGGUGUUUGCAUGUUGAACUGAGUCUCUGAGCCAAAUUGGAUGUCAUCUGUCAAAACUGCAACCCUUUUACCCCCUUAUUAUAGGCUAGAUUCAUGGGCAUCAAUAUCACCACUUCAGAGAAUUCGAAGCUGCAAUUGCAUGCACACUGGUUUGGAAGGAAGCCCCAUUGAAGUAACUGGAGCUUGCUUCUAAGUAAACUUGCACAUAGUCACUGGGAGGUGACUAUUGGUCCCUGCCUUAUAAUAAGCAGUGUACCAAAACAGAGCUUGCCUAAAUGUGUUUUGAAACAUCCUUUCCAAAGCAGAAAUUCUUUACUUGGGAAAUAUGGAACUAUUUACUUUGUUAAUACAUUGUGAACAGAUGACCCCAUGUGAAACAAAAGGAGAUACUCAAACAUGACUGAGUAAACACAUACAGAUAAGUAAAGAAUACGCAGUCACAAGUCAAACUAUAUUAAAAGAACUGUGUUAGUACAACAGUUAAUUUUCCACAUUUAAACGUGUUUAAUAGGACAUAUUGCUCAGCAGCUCCACAUUUCCAAAAACUGGUUCCUUUAAAGGCAAUGCACAUUUUGAAUUCCAUAGGAGGCAGUAUCAUCCAUGUAUACAUAGCAAUUCUGUGCCAUGUUUACCUUCAAGUGUAAUUAAUAAUGUAGAUGAAAAUGUCUAAUAUAUCCAGAUCAGCAUCUUGUUCACAGCUUGCUUGUCCCAUCUUUUCCCACUUUCUUCUUAUACUUAUUUUUCUAGAUGUACCUAAAAUGCAAAUACACACAAACAGCUGGAGGGCAAAACUAAGAGAUGAUGCUUUAAAGUAAGGACAAGUUAUGCCUUGCAACAAAAUGUUGCAGCGUGCCCCAGGUGUAUGUAUGUUACCUGUGGUGGGGCCCUCAAAGACCGCUGUCCUCGCUCUUUCUUCACGUGCAAAAUUUAGGUAACUUUAAAAACAUUUGACAGCACAGCCAAUCAGCAUGCAUUCAUUCCAAUGAAGCCUGAAGGUUGUGCAAGCAGUUUGGCCUGGGAGGGGGACUUGAGGGGGCAGGUGAAGUUGAUUGAUCUUUGGUGCAUCCUAAGACAUAUAGGAGAAUGCUGACCAGGAAUCCACCCCAGCCCCAGCCCCACUUCUACCUCUGGCAUACAUUGUUAACCAGGGGCUAUGUUUUGGGACUGCAGUGACUGUCUCUCAACACAGUCCACAGCCACACCCAUCUGCAUUAGGGCUAUAGCAGUGGAUUUAAUUGCAGGUUUUUGUUUCCGCCCUCAGCCCAGACUGGAUCAUGAGGAUCAAAACAAUGGAAAGCUGCUCUCUCAGCUGGUAAUCUGUAGCAAGGGGUCUAGUGCCUCUGGACAACCCCUGCAUAGUUGUUAUAGACAACUUGGAGCCUGGCCUGCAGUAUUCAUCAUAUACCCUUGCCUGUACUACACUGUCUCUUAGUCUAGGUUCUCCUAACCUGCAGUAUGGUGACAAUAAACUGCAUUUGCUUAGGAAUUUGCAUUAGCAGGAAUACUGACACACACACCUGCUCUCUUCUUUUUCCUGCUAUCUUUUUGAAGGGUAUAGGAGAUCCUUGGUUGUGGGCCAGUUUCAGCUUUGAUCUUUUUCCUAUUGAUGGGCAGCCUGGAGACAUUUUAAAUAAGACUUCUCAACGUGAACUAGGAAAUAAUCCAGCCCUACCGUUAGUCAAAGGGUAGCAACUGGUUCAGGCAGCAGGUGCCGGUUGUUCCUCUGAAACCCCUAAUCACAGGGCAGUUUACAGUGUGAAAAUGCAAAAUACAUAGCAUAACAACUGCCACCACCAUACCCCCAUGUAUGUGCGACGUGACCCAACUUGGCCACAUCUAAACUAGGAUGCUGCCCCAGAUGCUGUGGAGAAUGUGACCAGCAUUUAAAUAAGAUCCAGCUGCCUGUCCACUUGGCUUUUGUGUGUGGGCACCAUAUUGUCCUUUGCUUCAGGCAGCAAAACAUGCUUGGCUGGCCUUGCCAGGAAAUGAUUUAUCCAAAUAUAAGUUACGGUUCUCUCUGAUCAUUUUGCAUCUGAAUGCCCCUUCCUCCAUCUUCUUUUGCUCAUAGAAGAGAGGAAUGGGGAAAAGGGAAUGGAGGAAGAGACACAGGGAUAUAAUUGCACACCUUCCACUCUCCCUCUUUAUUCCUUCUAUGCUCCUUGCCUUAUCUCUCAGUCAGCAGCUCCUGCCUGUUUGCCAGUUGAUCAGCAGUGUUUCGAAGUCUCUUGAGCUCCUACAACCCCACCUUUUCCACUAGCCACGUUCUUCCAGCCUGCCAGCCUAUUCUGUUCUCUCCUCUCCUGGUUUUCUUUCCCACCUGAUCCAUUGUUCCAUGGAACAGGUUCAGUCCUCACUGGGCUAUUUUGGAGUCCCUCAUUUUUGUGUGUUUCCCUAAGUCUAUUGAUACCUCCGUCUUGUUUGUGGGUGAUGCCAUUCCCCCCCCCCCCAAAAAAAAAAAAAUAAAUCCAAAAACUUCACAAAUGAAAGGGAGCAUCACAAAUAGGGAAUGAAUCAAUUGGCACUUACUUCUGAGUAGACAUGUAUAGGAUUGUGCUGGGAGUGUCAGACACAUCGCUGUAGCUGUAUAUGCGUAACUUCUAAGUGACUUGUGUUUUGUAUUUAAGGAAUUUGAAUUAUUCAAUAAAUGAUUUCUGAUAUGCACAGCUCACCAUGGUAGAAGAACCAUGUGGUGUAUUUCAGAUUUGAUGCUGGACUAUGACUGUCAUAGUCCCUGUCCAUUGGCCAUGCUGGUGGGGCCGAAGAGAGUGGUAAUCUAACUCUAUAGAAAGUACCAUGUUAGCUGCCACGGAAGUCAACAGAAUGGGAAAGGAACACUGAUAAUGGACACAAUUUAACUAGUUCUUUAGCCAAGACCAGACUAGACAGUCACCUUGCCAUGUUGCAAUGCUGGCAUGGUAAGGAAUCAUGUCACAGGCUUCUCUCAUAUGGGUUUAGACUCUGACAUUACUGGAACAUGCUGCAACUGUCUUCAUGCUGUAGAAUGUAAUGGACCCUUAUAACCUUGCCAGGUGAAUAUUGGAGCUGUAGUAGGAUUUACAAUCCUUGAAACAUUGGAAAUCUCCACUGAGAGAUGAUUGGAGAUGGGGAGUCACUUUGUAGUGGAAAGGGAGUCCUAUGAAUCCACGCAAGACUGAGGUGUUUAUAUGAAACUUUUUCUCUUUUCUGUGACUUCUUUUUCUUCUUGACCUAAAUUCUACAUAUAAAACGUUGCUACUCAACUGUUGGACGCAGGUGGCACUGUAAGUUAAACCCCAGAGCCUAGGACGUGCCUAUCAGAAAGUCAGCAGUUCGAAUCCCUGCGACGGGGUGAGCUCCCAUUGCUUGGUCCCUGCUCCUGCCAACCUAGCAGUUCAAAAGCAUGUCAAAGUGCAAGUAGAUAAAUAGGUACCACUCUGGUGGGAAGGCAAAUGGCAUUUCCAUGUACUGCUCUGGUUUGCCAGAAGCAGCUUAGUCAUGCUGGCCAUAUGACCCGGAAGCUGUACGCCAGCUCCCUCGACCAAUAAAGCGAGAUGAGCGCUGCAACCCCAGAGUCUUCUGUGACUGGACCUAAUGGUCAGGGGUCCCUUUACCUUUACCUUUACUUAACUGUUACUAUGCUAAAAGUUUAAAUUGUUUGAUCAUUCGGAUGUUUGGCAUUCACUGUGACAAUGUUGGGGGACAGCAUUCUUCCUUUGUUGUUUUCAUUCAAUUUCUAAAUAAGUUUUUUGCACUGAAAUAAAUAGACAAAUCAGUUUUUCCAUGGUCCAUCUAUGGUACAAGGUAUCAGUUAUCGGAUAUACUACUGGCAAGUGGCAACUUGUAACUCUUCCUUUCCACAGAGCAGAGGUGUAGCCAAUUUCUUAAGCCUGAAGGACAUACACUAUACCACUCCACUCUUUGGGUCAUUCACACUCCUCAAGGAAGAACUAUGGUAGUUAUCAAGAAAAGAGAGUAAUAGCAUAGUUCUUAACACCAACACUCAUUCAGAAUAGUUGGGUGAAGUUUACUCACCCCACAUUAGAAAAAGAAAGUUGCUUAUCCAAUAAGCAGAGAACACAGUGGUGUCCAGAAAUGUUACUCUGCAGAACUGGGCAAAUUUAACUUGGGAAUUGGAUGCACUCAAUGGUCAACCAGUUGACCUUUCUCAUCUUAGAGAAUUACUAUAAUGUUUCAAUUGAUAGGAGUUGCUACUUCAGUGGGUGGUUUGUAUACUGGAGCAUGUGGGCAGGCAAGGGGUGGGGAGGUCCUCCAAUGUUGUGAUGAUCACCUUUUAAAAAAAUAAAAAUGAGGUAUAUAUCUGUGUUGUAUUUUGCAGAAGCUGUUGGAUGACCAUGAAGCUCUGGAUAAUUACAUUAAGUUUGAUGGGGGUUGCUUGUGAUGUACUACAGUCCAAACCAGCUUUACCUUCAACUAUUGGCUCUUGUGAUAUGCUGUGUUCCUGUGAGGAAAAGGAUGGUGUCUUUAAUAUAAACUGCGAAGAAAGAGGCAUCAAGGAGUUAUCUCAAGUACAUGUUCCACCAUCCAGGCCUUUCCACCUUAGUCUUCUCAACAACAGCUUGACCAUGUUACAUGUGAAUGACUUCUCCAGCUUCAUCAACGCUCUCUCACUCCAUCUUGGAUUUAACUACAUUGUAGACAUUGAACCAGGAGCAUUUAAUGGACUAAGUCUCCUUAAGCAACUUCAUAUCAAUCACAACUCAUUAGAAGUACUUAAAGAAGACACAUUCCAUGGGCUGGAGAACUUGGAAUUCCUUCAAGCAGACAACAAUUUCAUCACAAUAAUUGAAUCAAGUGCCUUCAGCAAGCUCAACAGGCUAAAGGUGCUCAUUUUAAAUGACAAUGCCAUUGAGUUUCUUCCUUCCAACGUAUUUCGCUUUGUGCCAUUAACUCACUUGGAUCUUCGUGGGAACCAGCUGCAGACUCUACCUUAUGUUGGUUUUUUAGAACAUAUUGGUAGAAUUCUAGACCUUCAGUUGGAAGAUAACAAAUGGGUCUGCAAUUGUGACCUGGUGGAGUUGAAAGCUUGGUUAGAAAACAUGCCUCCUCAGUCCAUAAUAGGUGAUGUUGUAUGCCACAGCCCUCCUAUUUUGAAAGGCAGCAUUUUAAGCAGAUUAAAAAAAGAAUCCCUAUGUCCCACUCACCCUACAAAUGAUCUUGAUGCCCCAUCAGGGUCCUUACCAUUGGUGGUUACCACGUCAAUAAGUGAUAGUCACUACUCAACCAAGGUAAUACCUAUUUUUAGGGUUCCUACCAGGGAAACUGCUUUAACACUUCACGUAACAAAGCCAGCUACUCUGCUUCCUGGUGUAUAUUGUCCGAUCCCUUGUCAGUGCACUAGCAAUAUCCUUUCAGGGAUUUUAAUGCAAUGCCAGGAACAAAACAUUGAAAGCCUGUCAGAUUUAGGACCUCCUCCUCCAAAUCCUAAAAAGCUAAUACUAGCUGGAAAUAUAAUUCAGACAUUACUGAAAUCAGACCUUGUAGACUAUGGCAGCCUAGACUUGCUUCACUUGGGAAGCAACCGUAUUGAAAUACUAGAAGAAGGAUCCUUCCUCAAUCUCACCAGAUUGCAAAAAUUAUAUCUCAAUGGGAAUCAUCUCACCAAGCUGAGUCGGAAUUUAUUUUUAGGCCUGCAGCGCCUUGAGUAUUUGUAUCUUGAAUAUAAUUUCAUCAAGGAGGUUUUACCAGGGACAUUUCAUCCCAUGCCUAAACUAAAGGUCCUUUAUUUAAAUAAUAACCUUCUUCAGACUUUGCCAGCCCACAUUUUUUCUGGAGUUCCUCUAGCCAGGCUAAAUCUGAAAACCAACCAGUUUGCACAUUUGCCUGUAGGGAAUGUCUUAGAUGAUCUGGAUUUACUCGUACAACUUGAGCUGGAAGACAACCCUUGGGAUUGUACUUGUGACUCAGUUGGGCUGCAGCAAUGGAUACAAAAGCUGAACAGAAACACAAUGACGGGCGACAUUUUCUGCACAUCUCCAAGGCAUUUAGCUAAAAAGAAACUGAAAUCUCUGAAUAGUGACGUGCUAUGUCCCGGAAUAAACAGCCCACCUUCCGCAACUCAUGCUAGCUUCAUAGUCGUCACCACGUCACCAACCACCACCAAUACGGCAGACACUAUUCUGCGAUCACUUACCGAUGCAAUUCCUCUUUCAGUUUUAAUCCUGGGGCUUUUGAUAGUCUUUGUAACCAUCAUUUUUUGCGCAGCUGGUAUCGUCGUCCUUGUCCUACACCGGCGGAGAAGGUACAAAAAGAAGCACGCAGACGAACAGAUGCGGGACAACAGCCCAGUGCAGCUUCAGUACAGCAUGUAUGGUCACAAAACAACACAUCACACCACGGAGCGCCCGGCCACAAGCUUGUAUGAGCAACGUAUGCUCAGCCCCAUGGUGCAAGUUUAUCGAAGCCCAUCUUUCAGCCCCAAAUUUACAGACCAUCAACAGGAGAUGAAUGACAAGGAGAUGAAUGAUUCCAAACAUCUCCGCAGAGGCCUCUUGGAGAGGGAGCACUCCUCCCCUCUGACGGGGUCAAAUGUCAAAUACAAAGCUACAGACCAAUCGGCUGAGUUCCUUUCCUUCCAGGAUGCCAGCUCCUUGUACAGGAACAUUCUUGAGAAAGAAAGAGAACUUCAGCAACUGGGGAUAACUGAGUAUCUACGGAAAAACAUAGCCCAGUUACACCCUGAUAUGGAGGUACACUAUCCAGGAGCUCAUGAGGAGCUAAAGCUAAUGGAGACACUCAUGUACUCCAGGCCAAGGAAAGUUUUACUAGAACAGACUAAAAACGAAUAUUUUGAACUCAAAGCCAACCUGCAUGCUGAACCUGAUUAUCUGGAGGUCUUGGAACAGCAAACAUAAAAGGGACCCUUUUUGAAGGAUUAAGUCAAAAACUCUUCUAUCUUAACUCGGAACUUGUAAAUAAAAGUGCCUUAUAAUAAUGUGUCGUCAAUCAGAACUUUAAGCACAGUAGUAAUCCGAGUUGAAAGAAACUCUCAGGGAUAACUGUGUGAAGCCAUGGGGAAGUUUGCAGGCUCUGUGUCUCAUUCUCACAUUAAAUGUGAACUUUGGGCAACUGGAUUCUGGGAGGAAGUUCAGCUGGCCAUAUUCCUCGAGACCUGCAUGGCAAUCCCUCAUUUUUUUCGCUUAGAAAAGAAAGAAAAAAGCUUGAAGCAUUGGUUACUUUUGUUCCCCGGACCUAGACACUAAAUUUUCUUUAAAGUGCACCUAUAUACCUGGUUCCAAGAGGAUGGUGUAUAUUGGUUAGGAAUUAGUUCACAUGUAUGAGUAUUGUCUAUGGAUCGCACAUGAGAUUGCCACAUAAUAAAUACAAGAUAAAUUAUAUGAUUUUAAACAGAUAUUUAACUGUACAACCCCAAGGUCCGCCAAUAUUUAAGUACCUUUUAUUUGGAAUGUUAUUUAUAUUUUUAAAAAACCUGUUAGAAUAUUCAGAAGGAGGGGGAAAGCUGUGUACAUGUUUUAUCUAGGCAUCCUAAAAGACAUACACAAAGCUCUCUUUUUUGGUUACUUUCCCUAGUAGGCAAUUUUAAUUGUUUUUUUGGACAGUCUUCAAUAUAAUGCUGCUAUAGAGUUCUGGGCACCAUUGGUUGACACUCAUACCUGAGGAAAUUUGGAAAGCUACUGAGAAUUUAUUGUAAAUAUAUUAGUAAAUCAAUGAGCUGGGUUAUUAUUAUUAUUAUUAUUAUUAUUUAUAUGAUUGACUCCCGUUAUGGUUGUGGAUACUUCGGAUGAAACAUCAAUUCACUGUGGUCAGUUAAAUGUCACAUGCAAAUAAGUACACCAAUGAGAUCUUAUUUGUGUAUCUGUGUAAAUACUCCAUAUUUGAUACAAUUACUCAGCAAAAGAGCUUUUAUCAGGUCCGGUUUGAAAAUGAUACCAGGCACUUUAAGAAAGAAAGAAAAGUACAUGUGCAUGGUUUGCAACUUGUUUUAAAGCAAAUCGCUGGAAUCUAUAUUUACAACAUUAGCACUCCAGAAUCUUGGGUCUGUGUCAUGUUAACGCUGAACAUAUAGUUGCCAGUGACUAAGCUGGGCCCCAGCCAUUGAUUUGUCCGCAUGCUUAAGCAUGCUUACAUGAAAGCAAGUUCUGUCAGGCUGUUUCAGCUAUUACACUGCAACUGUCCUGGGUUUUCUGCUGAGUAUGCACUCGACAAGGAGGUACGAUCAAGUCUAGCUCUCGGACGGCUACAUCUGUGUUUUCACACACCCGUUUGUUGAAUACGCAAGCCACAUUUUCCGUGCACACUUAUCCCCUACCCAACAACUUAGAUGUAAACCUAAAAAAGCAAAAAUAAUACGAGCAGCCUGACAGAUGUUCUGUGGAAUUCAAUGGGAUGUACUUCACAAAGAUGCUCUCCAGAUGAAGGUGACAUGAAGCACGACAGCUUUAUUUUACUACAAAGCUUAGUUAGGUUUAUAUGAACUAUUUAUUCUGUACAGUUUGUAUCUAUUUCAGUUCACAGUUACUAUUAUUCUUGGGUGCCUUUCAAGCAAAUCAAAGAACUUCUAGCUAUAAAUAAAAAGAUGACAAUAAAUGUUUUUUU